UUCAACACAGUUAGAAAUGUGAAAGAGGUGAUGGACAGGGAGCUAUAGAGGUGAAACAUCUCACAUCUGCAAUAGGAAUGAGUAUAUAGGAAGAGAUGAGUAUUGACCUGCAGAAAGAAUCCUAUCUGUAGGAAAUGCGUUCACUAUUCUAACAUUAUUUCUUGAACUUGGCUAGGUAUAGAUCAUUCAGAGGACUUCCAGUCACUUUCAUUCAAGAAUUACAAAUCAAUCCAGUCUUUUUAAUUAGUCUGUCUUCACAGGAGGAAAAAUGUGUUUUUUUCCCAAGACUUAAACACUUGCAAGUCUGUUACUGCACAUCACAAACCUUAAGCAGCAGCAAAAUAGUUUUUCUCAAACAUACUUGGUAUUUGCAGAUGAUGUACUGUGGCUACUUCUACUAUAUAAUACUCAAUUUCCACAUAUUAUAUGUAUACAAACAAACUUAACUUUACCACCCACAAGCACCACUUGAAAAUCACCAAGACACAUACACUAAAAAAAGUCUUUUGCAGUAUACUGGCAAGUUCCCUAAAAGGUCAAAGAUUUCCAGUGUAACUUACAAUGAAAUACAAUGAAAUCUUCUUGCAUUCUCUUAAAAAGUGCUUUCCUAUCUAUAAUACAUUUGGCCUUCGCUUCAUAUUAAUUAGUGCUUUCACUUUCCACUUCUCCUUUCAAAGACCUAAGACCUGUUCGGCUGGAUCUUGUGCCGCUGGGAGACAUAGUAUUUACAGAAUCCUCCUGACUGACAUUCCCUGGUGUGUCUUCUCCUUUUGGAAAAGGAUGGCAAAGAAUACCCUACAGAGAUAUGCUGACUCCAAGAAGAGACAGGAGGCUCCAUCUGAACAGCCAUCUGAAGUCACUGCAUGGUGAAAGCAAGGCUGGACUGUGCAUACCUGGGAAACCAGCCAGACACAGGCAGAACACCAUGCUUUUCAAGACAGACAAGAACCAGAACCCUCUAUUCUCUUUGCUCUGGCUAGAAGCUGUUUGAGGAGGGCUGACAUGGGUGACAGGCAGCAGUGUGAAACAUCAAGGCAGAUGAAGACCAUAUGUGGGCCACAGUAUCCGCACAAGAUACGACUGUUGUCUACACAGAAUGAAGCCUUGAAAGGACCAUAAGAAGAGACAAAACUAGAAAAUUAUGUAUAGUGUCUUGUUCACUAUACGUUUCUGAACAUGCCAGACCUUCACAAACCAAUGUGUGCUUCUGCUCACUGUACCAACACUGACUUAUUUUUGAGCAGUGUUACAUACAGUCAAGUACUAUUAUGUUUAUUUUUGCCUUGUUUCCAGAUAGUUUUGAAUACUGAAAGUUUAUAAAAGUAACAGUAUUUGUUUUGCUGGAAUUGUUGUGCACACUGGAGAUGGAAAUUAGAUCAGAGGCAAUGGCAACACUCAAAAACCUGUCCUCAUCUUAGAAGCUCGCAGCUUGGUACUCCAUCAAGCUGCAAACCUUUGGCUGAAAGUAAGAGUGUCUGAAGCAAACAGCUGUUGGUUCAGAGGUUCUUAAAACUAGACGGGGUGCAACCACAGGAGAGAAAUGCUGAUGUAAUUAACGUGUGUUCUAUUUGCAUCUUUGAGGAUUAUAGAAACCAACCUGUCUGAUACAUCAUGGCAUCCUCACCUUUCUUCUAGGGCUUGGUCUUAGCCCCAGUGGGUGGGGUCACUAACUGACUCAUCAUUCCUCACUUUACUGCCCUGGAAACACAUCUUCAUGACUCUUAUACCUACAAAGUAUUUAGAACAUCUGUUGUCAUCAUUCAAAGCUGCUUAAAAUGCACAGCAUGAGAAGUAAAAACUGGAGUAAGUCUAUAUCCAGACUACUUUGUAGCUGGGAGGCAAGCAUAUUCAAAACAGAUGGUUAUACGGGCAGAUAGCUGUCCUGUUUCUCAGUAUGGUGGCAGUACUUCCCUUGUGACCUGGAGGUGUCUGCCAUUAAAUCUCCUUGUGUUGGAUUGAGCGUGCACAGGUCACUACAAGACAAGCUAGAGUAGAUUUGUGGUUUGUCAGUCAGCUAAUGCACAGUAGCAGCCUAUGAACGGCGUUGGACCUGGCAGUAUGCAGAAGACACCUAUUCCUCAAAGAGAACAGGGUCACAGCAAGCACACAGGCAGUUUCCAUGGAGCGGCGAACCUGCUGUAAAUCCCCACCCAGUCUUGCCUCAUUGCAACACGUAUGUGUAGUCAUACCCAAAGCAAAGGUGAACAAAUAGAGCGAUGAGACGAGCAGAAAAAUCUAAGCCCACAAACAGCACUGAGCAAAGCACCAUGAGCCGCACAGAGCAGGGGUAAAGAAGUUACGAGUGCCAUAGCUCACACUGUGUGGUGAAACUGAAAUAAAUGGCUUUUGUGUUGAAACACCUUUCCUUUCCUACUUCAUCCUGUAUUUAUUUAUUUACUUACUUAUUUCUGUUUCGGUUAGCACUAGCUGCUACCAAAGUCCAUCUGUUUUCCUUUGCACUUUAAUUUACAGCCCUUGUUAGUCAUUUUAUUGCUUCAGGUUCUGAGGGAAAAAAACUUUUACAACUUGUGAUUGCUGAUCUCAAGCAAACCAGAGCUUUUUGACCUGGCACAGGGGGGUAAUUAUAGAGCCCAUUGCUUCUUGGGAGGGGCAUUCAAUAUUUAACAAACUGUGGCGAGUCUCAUUUAACCCUUUGGAGCUUGGACCGUUGGAUGGCAGUGAAAAAAACAUAUGUUGAGGCUCUCCAGCUCACAAUGUAAUUCACCUGUUUUUAGUCUUUUAAGUUUUGCCUUUCUGCUACUGAGCUUGGAGCUGUUUCUUUCAUCACAGCAUUGGGAGGAUAGGAGACAAAACACUUGCAUUUGAAAACAUGUCUUUCCUUACUUUGGAAAUUACUGCUGCCUUAUUGUUGGUUAAUCCUGUCAUAGUCUUCUGAGUGCCCUGCUGUCAAAAUAAAGUCUCUUGACAAUAGAGAAAUUAUACUCUCUUAAUUACCACUAUUGUUUCAUAUUACAGGGGCUGUGGUCAUGGACAAAGAUUCAGUUGUGAUCAGCAGCAUAAAAACAGUAUAAAUAGAUACCUUGUGUUUGAAAGAGUUUGCGAUCUGAAUUAUGCAACAGUAAACCGUGAGUUAAAGCUGAACUUAGGAAUGGGGCAUGAGAUCAGAAAGAUUUACAGUUUGCCCAACUACAGAAUCAUAAGCCAGCUAACUAGAGUCUGAAGGCACUUGCCUAUUCCUCAUCCACGCAGCCGGCUGUUAGUUCAAGUAAUGGCAAAUUCUCCUUCAGAAAAAUACUAGGGCACUGUUUUGAAGGCACCAAACUUGUUAUGUGUGUUAUUUCCCUAGAUAAAAAGAUAGAUUUAUUUACUGGAUAGUAAGUUGCCCAUAUGUGCCACAAUAUUGUGUAUUACGGUGCACAUAUAUAUUAACAUUAAUGAGACUGUGCAUGCGUGUUGCUGUUCACUAGACGUGAAUGGGAAAUUUUCAGCUGGCGUCAUUUUAUAUAAACAUUUUACUUUAUUUAAGUAAAAGCUCUGGAAGUUGUAUUGGUUCAGCUAUGUUUUCAUUGGUAGGAUCUUUGAAGCCUGGUGUUUGCUUGUUGUUCCUGAGAGGAAAGAGGGAAUACCUACAGACUGAAGUGUUUACAUUUUCCACUGCAAAUGUGGGUAAUCUCCACAUGCGCAAUAUGCUGGGAGCUCUGGGGCUUGGUCAACACACCUGCUCCUUGCUCCUGCACCUGUGUCUUGGGAAGCCUGCUGCUCUGCAGCUGGAAGAAAUGGCUGUGGGUCAUGGCAGCACAGAGCAGUCUGGUUCAUUAGGGCUCUUUGCACAAUACAGGAUGAAGAAACUGCAAGAGCGCAACUGGGUAAUGAAUACCCAUGCUUAUUAAAUGCUCACUGACAUGCAAAUACCCAACUUCCAGUGGCUGCUAAAAGUUAAAAUGUUGUGAGAGACAUCAGGAGGUUAAAAAAAAAAUCACUGUAUAGAGUACUGCACACCUCACAUCCUUUCCCCUUAAAGCAAACACGCACUUAAGAGGUGGGAGCUGCUGAUGUUGAGAGACACAGCGUUGGUUCCUCAUUAGCUUUGCUGUGACACGAUGGUGAAGACCCAGCAUAGUCUCACCUGUUUAUUUUGGCAAUUAAUUGGAACUCUUGAGGGACCUUGGCUCGCCACCAUGUGGCACAGCCUGGUGCGUGACCCACCUCCUGCUGCCGACCUGAAGCCCAGCGCCAUCAGAGCCGAGCAGCAGAAAAAGGUGGUCAGACCGAAUCGGCGUUCUUCUCGAAAGAGGCUAGGACACUAUGAGAAACGUGCUCGUAAUGGUACCUGCGGACAGCCAAAGAUACCGGGCCUUAUUAUUCAGCGCGAGGAGAUGACAGCUUUCUUUAAACUCUUCGAUGAUGAUCUAAUUCAAGACUUCCUGUGGAUGGACUGUUGCUACAAAAUUGCAGACAAGUAUCUUUUGGCAAUGACAUUCGUUUACUUCAAGAGGGCUAACUUCACAAUACAUGAGAAUACCAGACUCAAUUUCUUUCUUGCUCUGUAUCUGGCAAAUACAGUGGAAGAAGAGAAUGAAGAAGCAAAGUAUGAGAUUUUCCCAUGGGCUCUGGGAAAUAACUGGAGAAUGCUCUUUCCUGAUUUCUUAAAGUUAAGGGAUCAUCUGUGGAGUAGAAUUGGCUACAGGGCUAUUGUAAGCAGACGUUGCUGUGAAGAGGUAAUGGCUAUUGCUCCAACACAUUACAUCUGGCAGCGAGAACGCUCUGAGCACCACGGUGGAGCCAUAAGGAACUACAACAAAAGUCUGCUGCCACGAGGACCUGAUAAUUCUCCUGUCCCCUGUUACCUCUGUGGUAACAAAGGAAGAUUUGUACGACUGGGAUUGUCAUCUUCCUCCUCCUCAUCUGCUAGCAGUUUAGAAGAGUUAUGUUCACCCCAGGAUUUGAAGGACACCUCUGCAACUGAAAAAAUGCUAGUUGAUUCUCCUGCUUCUGCCCAAGACUGUCAGAGCCUGUCCAGCAAAAGGAGAAGAGAUAAUACCUGGAACCAAGACAACUCCAUGGAUUGGUUUACAGGCAAUGAAGAAUGAAAUGCAUUGAACAAAGAAACAGAGGCUGCGCUUUGCCGAACAACUGGUGUUGCA